CACGACCCGGAAAUUAGGUUUGUUUCCGCACCGAAAGGAUUUGAACUUGCUCGUGGGAUAUUUAUCAUGGGUUCUGUGUUCUGCAUAUUGAUUGGAAGCAGACAGUUUCUCGUGGGAGGAUAAGGUGUUUGGCAAACAGUCUUCUUAUAACCCAAUCCUCUCGCUUCCCAGCCUGUACAGAAGACCGAUGACCUGGAGUGGAAUAGCUGAGUCCGCAGUAUCAGUAUCGGACAGCCCCACAAAUAUCCCCAAAGUAUGUCGAACUCUCCUGUUCGUGUUCAUAUUAAGAACAGAUAUCUCCGAUGGUCGGACAGUGAAAUGGCAGCUGUUUCACCAGGUUGAUCAGUUCCCAUUUAGAGCUAAAUUACACCUCUGUUAAACAAGCUUGUAGUAAUUAUGUGGUCUCUGUAUCACAGGCUUCGGAACCAGGUGGUCACCAGUUUGAAUCCCGUCCACAGCAGAAUAGCUACAUGUCUGUUGGGCAUUUGAGCAAGACCCAUAACCUCCCCCCAAAAUGCUUCAGGGGUGCCAAAUAAAUGGCCUGAGCCUGUGCUCAAGCCUAAGCUUCACUUUUAACUGUGUGUGUGUGUGUGUGUGUGUGUGUGUGUGUGUGUGUGUGUGUGUGUGUGUGUCUCAACGGAGAACAUGGUGGGAUGUGUGCAAAUAAGCAUUCCAAUGUACCUGUGUGCAAAUGGCAAAUGAAGCAUCACUUCCUUAUUAAUAGAAGCAGCCGAUAAUGAAACCGAGGUGCCCUGGUCCACAUCACCUUGCCAGGUGGAAGGACUGUUAGGGGGUCUGGAAUCGUGUCACUUUUCCACAUUCACUCCUCUACCUUUCAUAUUUCUCUGCCUUUUUUGACCCAUAUGGAGUGAGAGUUUGAACGGCUCACGGUCUGGCGAUGGACCCGGUCAUCCAUGCCGCCUUCACGCUUGGCGAGACGUGGAAGGCAUGAGUGCUGCCUGUUUUGACUCUCUGCCAGCCUAUUCUCUCUCUCUCUCUCUCUGCUUUUUGGACUCCUAUAGGUAUGGAAACUGGAAUCUUCCAGGCCCCCUGACUCAUCUUGGUGCAGUCAGUGAAUCGAGGAAACUGAUGCAUAAAGUAUAUCAGUUAUAAUUACCAAACUCCCUGUGACGGGUUGGUGCCUCGUCUUGGGUUGUUCCAGUCUUGUGCCCAUAGGCUCCGGAGUAGGUUCCAGACCCCCUGCAACCCUGAAUAGGACAAGCAGGUUCAGAAGAUGAAUGGAUGGAUGGAUGAUUAUCAAAUUAUCUCACUACCAGUCAGCAUAUGACAGGAAGCACAGGGAAAAAGGCAGGGGACACCCUGGCCAAAGGUGAGGCCAGAGGAGGUGAUUCCUUCGCCGAAGACGACAUGAGCGCCUCGACUCCGGUGUUGCGGAUAAGCCAACUUGACGCCUACGAGUUAGACACGGCACUGGAGCAGCUCGUCUGGACACAGCUCAGCCGAUGCUUCCAGUACUUCAAGCCAGGAUUCCUGACCCCCUGCGAAGCGGAGCUGAAGGCCCUCCUGCAGCUCCUCCUGUGGAGGUUCACCGUUUACUCCCACGGCGCCACCGUCGGCCAGUCCCUGCUCAACAUCCGGUACUGCAAUGACGUGAGCCGGGCCCAUGGGUUCCAGCCUCUGAUCCGGAGGCAGAAGCUCUGGUUUGGUUUGUGGACAAUCGGGGAGAAAUGGUUGAAGGAGAGGGCAUACAGGUUGUUCCUCAACCGGCCCGCCGAAUCACCCCUCCUCAAGGUCAGACGCAUCCUCGACAUCUUCAGCGGUGUGGCCAAAGUGGCCAGCCUAUUGAACUUCCUGCAUUUCCUGCGCCGGGGUCGGUUCCCCACGCUGACGGAGCGCCUGCUGGGCAUGCGGGUGGUUUUCGCGGGGUCACCAGGAGCCCAUGACGUCGGCUACCAGUACGUGAACCGCGAGCUGCUGUGGCACGGCUUCGCGGAGUUCCUUAUCUUCCUGCUGCCUCUCGUGGGUGCCUGGCGACUCAGAGCCCGUGCCCUUCUGGCACCCCCGCAGCGGGAGCUGGGCCCCCCGGGCACCGAGUGCGCUCUCUGUGGGGAGUGGCCCACCAUGGCGCACACGGCGGGCUGCCGCCAUGUCUUCUGCUACUACUGCAUCAAGAGCCACAUGAUGGCGGAGGUGAGCUUCUCCUGCCCCUGCUGUGGACAGGAGGCCCAGGACCUAGAGCCGGUUAAAAUCCAGAUGGAGAUGACCAGAUUCCAGUGAGUGCAAGGAACCUCCACGGACUCUCCGAAUGAUUACAAAUUCACCUUCGUUUUUCUGGAUUUCUGUUAAAAUGUGCAGGUUAUAUUGUGUAUUGUAUAUUGUAUAUUUCUGUAUAAUAAUAAUAAUAAUAAUAAUAAUAAUAAUUAAUAAUAAAUACUGUGACCACCAGUGUGCGUUAGCCUAGAGUGGUAUUAAUUGAUCCGCAUAAUGAAUUUUAAUAUUUAUUGCAAGCCAAAUUAAUAAAUGUGCCUCAAAAA